CCAAGAAUCUCUCCUUCCCUUCCCUCUCUCUCUCUCUCUCUCUCUCUCUCUCUAUGCUACUCCUUUUCUCUCUUUCUCUGUAACCCAUUUCAUAUCUUUCUUCACUAUCCUCUACAAUGGUAGAAUCAACCUCUCUCUUGCCAUUGAUGCUCUCACUUCUUCUCCUAAUUGAGCUCAGUGUUGGUAAUUUUGUAGAGAAGAAGAAUGUACUCUCACUGCACACAUUACAGUGGAAUCAGCACAGUGACAAUGGCAUUCCAAGUUGCUCUUCUCAGAAAUCAAGGAGAGAGAAUGGUGCCACUAUAUUGGAAAUGAAGCACAGGGACUACUGUUCUGGACCCAUAAAAAACUGGAAUGAAAAGCUUCAGAAACGUUUAAUUUCUGAUGAUCUUCGUGUCCGAUCACUACAAUCCCAGAUCAAAAACACAUUCUCUACACAAAUCCAAGACCUCCCACAGACUCAAAUCCCUCUAACUUCAGGAAUCAAACUCCAGACUCUAAACUACAUUGUCACAGUUGAAUUAGGCGGUCGAAACAUGACAGUGAUUGUGGACACAGGAAGUGACUUGACAUGGGUUCAAUGCCAACCUUGCAAAUCAUGUUACAAUCAACAAGAACCUCUCUUCAACCCUUCCACAUCUCCUUCAUACCAAUCUGUCCAAUGUAACUCCUCAAGUUGCCAGUCUCUCCAAUUCGCCACGGGCAAUUCAGGACACUGUGGAACCAACCCACCAACCUGUGACUAUGUAGUUAGUUACGGUGAUGGCUCGUACACAGGCGGUGAUCUAGCUCGUGACCGGCUCAAUCUUGGGACCACCCCAAUGGACAAUUUUGUGUUUGGGUGUGGAAGAAACAAUAGGGGUCUAUUUGGGGGAGCUUCAGGGCUAAUGGGUCUUGGAAGGAGUGAUCUCUCACUGGUUUCUCAAACUUCUGGCCUUUUUGGGGGUGUUUUUUCGUACUGUCUGCCUUCUACUGAUGAUCAGGCCUCAGGUUCUCUAAUUUUAGGUGGCAAUUCGUCGGUUUACAAGAAUUCAACACCAAUUUCUUCCACUAGAAUGGUCCCAAAUCCACAGCUCUCCAAUUUCUACUUUCUCAACCUCACUGGAAUUAGUAUUGGUGGCGUAGCGUUAAAAGCUCCAAGUUUUGGCAAUGGUGGAAUACUGAUUGAUUCAGGCACGGUCAUCACGAGGCUUCCACCAUCGAUUUACAGUGCUUUGAAAGCUGAGUUUGUGAAACAGUUUUCUGGGUUUCCUACAGCCCCGGGGUUUUCAAUCUUGGACACUUGUUUUAACCUUUCUGGAUUUCAAGAAGUGAACAUUCCUACAAUAGUGAUGCAAUUUGAAGGGAAUGCUGAGCUGAGUGUGGAUGUUAUGGGGAUUUUUUAUAUUGUCAAGACCGAUGCUUCGCAGGUCUGUUUGGCACUCGCGAGCUUGGUAUACGAAGAUGACACUGCAAUUAUUGGGAAUUUUCAGCAAAGAAACACUAGGGUUGUGUAUGAUACUAAGGAAUCUAAGUUAGGAUUCGCGAAAGAGACUUGCAGUUUCAUAUGAAAAAGAUCAGAAGCAUCAUUGAGUGUUUUGUUGUGAAUAUAAUCUAUUUGAUUGAAUCCAAGCCAAGUGGCCCGUUGGCAAGCAUAAUAGAUGUAGGUCUUGCAAGAUGUAAUUUAAUUUGUCUUUUAAAAUCAUAUAUAGAUUUCUAUAUUAUCUGUUGGGGGAUGGUAUAGAACAUAUCAAUGCAAUUUGUGAUUUUCUUCAGUGUUUAUUUGUAACAAAUGGAAUUGUAUUAUGCAGAGAGAGAGAGAGAGAGAGAGAGAGAUAAACAAUCAAGUUCUGUAUUUGUUUGCCUUCAAAUCUGUAUCCUAAAUGCAUAUAUUUAAUAAGAGCAGGUCAGGUAGCUAUAUUGGCAAUGCUCAGUAAAA